AUGUGCACAAAACCGUCGACCGCUUUCGAUCUGUUGAGUGCCACUAUCCAAUCGUUGAAUGAGGCCCUAAAUAAUGGCAACUUGACCUCCGAGAUCUUAGUCGAAGCCUGUCUAGCACGGAUCGAACUGUAUGAUAAAGCUGGUCCAUAUAUUAAUGCACUCAUCACUGUCAAUCCUGAUUGUAUAGCACAGGCACGAGAACGUGAUGCACAACGGCACACGGCUUCUUUUCAAGAUAAUCCAUUAUAUGGGAUUCCUUUCGUCGUAAAAGACAACUAUGAUACAGCUGGACUUGUUACUACUGGUGGUUCGAUCAUUCUAAACAAUUCAGUUCCACAGGUGAACGCUUUUGUCAUACAGAAACUGUUAGAUAGAGGUGCAAUUCUCUUGGGAAAAGCCAACAUGUCCGAACUUGGAUUAUCCUACGGACGUUCUGGAUAUAGCUCAGCAGGCGGUCUGACGUUAAAUCCUUAUAAUUUGAAACGAAAUGUGUCAGGUUCGAGUGGCGGUUCUGCUGCUGCUGUGGCCGCACGUUUUUCUCCAUUUUCAUUGGGAACGGAUACCUGUGGUUCAAUCCUUUCGCCAGCAAGUGUAACUGGUUUGGUGGGUAUACGGCCCACUUUGGGGCUUACUAGUCGUACCGGAGUGAUUCUAUUGUCCUUGAGCUUCGAUACGACUGGUCCAAUGGCGUUUAAUGUGAGAGACGCAGCGCUUGUUCUUGAUGCAUUAGUCGGCAAGGAUACAUCCGAUGCGGCAACACAAGAUCAACCAGACCAUAUUGUGUCGUAUGCUGCGCAUCUAGAUGUUAAAGUAUUACAAGGUGCGCGUAUCGGUGUAGUACUUAAUUUUCGUGGAGGAAAUCCAGAUGUCGAUCGGGUUCAUGACGAAAGUGUAGAAUGUUUGAAAACUAAUGGGGCACAAAUGAUCCCAAUACAAUUACCACAGAUUUAUGAGCGUCUAUGGCAAGAAGUUCUAGAGCCUGUGUUGGAGGCAGAGUUCAAGGAUCAAUUCGAACGUUAUCUAUCGACUUUGGGUCCGAAACAACCUCAUACUCUGGCUGAGUUCAUUCAACGCAACGAAUCACAACCGAUUAAUCCUGAACGUUUAACCAUGCUUAAAACUAACCUAACGACUCCAUUAUUCAAUUCACCAAAAUACGCACGCAUUUUAUCGGUUGUCAUUCCACAGCUACGAGCAGAUUUACAAUCUAUUAUUAAGUCGCAACAUUUGAAUGCAUUGAUGAUGCCCACCAUCUGUUGUCCAGCUUCGUCUCGGUUCGAUCAGCAACCAGAUCCGACCUAUGUAUGUCAUAUGGAUGAUCCUGAUAUACCGAAGUAUAUUGCUGGCGCGAUGGGCUUUCCACAGAUUACUGUACCAGCGGGUAUUGCUACAGGUGAUCUGCCUGUGGGACAAACUACACAAUUACCUAAUUAUUCUUGUAGUGAAAAUAAUGCUUCUAUUCAGUUUAUAUUGUCUUCAUCAUCUCAUUCAGCAUGGAAUUCAACAUCAAAUUGUUCUUUACAACAAUGCAAUAUAAGCUCGAAUGGUAACAAUAGUUGUCUUUUAUCAUCAACACCUUGUUUUGAUUAUCGAACAAUAAAUAAUAUAAGUUAUUGUGCACCUGGUGUUUUAUGUUCGAUAUUAGAAACAUGUAAUAAUAUUACACAAACAUGUUCAUCAAAUAAUUCAAUAUGUAUCGUUAAUUCAUGUUGCUCACCACAAGCAGUGUGUUUACCAUUCUCAGCAAUACAAAUAUGUGAAAGAGGAUGGUUUUCUACUGGCAAUAUGGCUAAUGCACGAUAUCGACACACAGAAUCUGUAUUAUCAAAUGGGAAAGUAUUAGUUACUGGUGGAUUUAAUGGCACUAGUGCUUUAAAUAAUGCUGAAUUGUAUGAUCCAACAACAGGUACUUGGACGGCUACUGGUAACAUGGCGAAUGCACGAGAUUGGCACACAGCAUCAGUAUUAUUAAAUGGAAAAGUAUUAGUUAAUGGUGGAUUUGGUAUUACUGGUUAUUUAAAUAGUGCUGAAUUGUAUGAUCCACCAACAGGCACUUGGACAAGUACUGGUAACAUGAGUAUUGCUCGAUAUAAGCACACAGCAUCUGUAUUAUCGAAUGGAAAAGUAUUAGUUACUGCUGGAUUCAAUACUAAUAUUGGUUAUUUACAUAGUGCUGAAUUGUAUGAUUUAUCAACAGGAACUUGGACAACUACUAGUAACAUGGCUAAUAAACGACAAGAACACACAGCAUCUGUAUUAUCAAAUGGAAAAGUAUUAGUUAUUAGUGGGUACAAUGGCACUAGUGCUUUAGGUAGUGCAGAACUAUAUUAA